AGAGCCAGGACCCUCCACCUGAGCAGAGUAGUGCAGACCCGAGCCCCCGGUCGACAUGGAGAUGCCCGCUAAACUCACGCUGCCCCUCGUGGUGAUCUCCGUGCUGGUCGCCUGCGCCCCGACGGAGGCGUGGUACAAGCAGAUGGCCGGUCCGACCUACUACUCGGUGGGCAGGGCGUCCGGGCUGCUGUCCGGGAUCCGGAGGUCACCGUACGUGAGGAGAGAGGACGCUCAGCCCACGGACAGCGGGGAGACUUCGAGCAACAGCGUGUUUUCUGAUCUCGUCUCACACAACUCCUUUCUGAAGACGAUGCCCGUCUGUAUCAAAGACGUCACACCAGACCUGCAGAGCUGCGAACUUCUCCUGGAAAACAAAGGAUCAUUUAAGUGCAAAGCGGACGUGUUCCUCUCCCUGGAGUCCUCGGACUGUGCAGGAGACUGAGCAGCAAACCAACAGCUCAGCUGGACCACAGAGCCAAACCCUUGAAGGGGUGACAUUUCAAAAAACUGUCCUUUAACCCUCACACAGGCAACGCACCAGAUGGAAGAGGCUUUUUUUCCCAUGUUCCAUUUCAUCCGACUUAUG